AAGUGUUGUCGUUGUUGCGGCUGCUUGAACUCAGGCGAGCCAAGAUGGCAGAAUACCUGGCGUCCAUUUUUGGGACAGAGAAAGAUAAGGUCAACUGCUCUUUUUAUUUUAAAAUUGGUGCCUGCCGACAUGGAGAUCGCUGCUCCAGAUUACACAACAAGCCGACAUUCAGCCAGACAAUUGCCCUCCUGAACAUUUACAGGAACCCUCAGAACAGUGCCCAGUCUGCUGAUGGUCUGACCUGUGCCAUCAGUGACAUGGAGAUGCAGGAGCACUAUGAUGAGUUUUUUGAGGAGGUCUUUACAGAGAUGGAAGAAAAGUACGGAGAGGUGGAGGAGAUGAACGUAUGUGACAACCUCGGGGACCACCUAGUAGGAAAUGUGUACGUGAAGUUUCGUUAUGAAGAGGACGCUGAGAAGGCGGUGAUAGAUCUGAAUAAUCGGUGGUUUAACGGACAGCCCAUCCAUGCCGAGCUCUCCCCCGUCACAGACUUCAGAGAAGCCUGCUGUCGCCAGUAUGAGAUGGGGGAGUGCACUCGAGGUGGCUUCUGUAACUUCAUGCAUCUGAAGCCGAUCUCGCGUGAGCUGAGGAGAGAGCUCUAUGGACGUCGCAGGAAGAGCCGCCACAGGUCCAGGUCUCGAUCGAGAGAGAGGCGAUCUCGCUCGAGGGACAGAGGUCGAGGAGGCGGCCGCGACCACGAGAGACGUCGCUCCAGAGACAGAGAGCGUUCAGGACGGUUCUGAACCACAAGCCAUGACUACUUGUCCCCCCCUCCCUGUAUCCAUCCCCAGUCUUUUUUUUUUUUUUUUUUAAGUUUGUGCCCUUCCAGGUCCCUUUGAGGACGAACUGAGAGGUACCUGAUUCUGAAGCUGUGACAGCAUUGACGAACUUGUCUUUUCUUUAUUUCUGAAAAUGACUUUCACCUCAUUAAAUUUAACAUUUUUACUCAACGUGACUGAUGAAUCGUACUUGUUACACAGCGUAAAUAGUUUUCUUAUGUGCCGACUGCUCCUGAUGGAAUACAGUAAAAACUAAAUGUGCACACUGACGAUUAUUAAACCGAAUGUGCAGUUUAACUCAUUUCAUUGCCCUGAGGUCACAGUUUCACAUUUAAAUCCUGUUAACUUUAUCAGAUACAGACAGUUAACGUUCCUGCAAUUCAACCCAAUUUUUUUAUUCAUUUAAAACAGAAGGCAGCAAAAAGAUCACGUUUUUUAUCGGUCUUUACUUUUCUGAGAAGCUUUUUAAGUGAGAACGGUACUGCUGUAUUGUCUUGUUAACUUAAAUUGAGGAAGCAUUUUUUGUUUGAUUUCUUUUUUUUACUUAACGCGUUUCCUGAAGGCACAGUGUUUGUUUAACUUUUGGGUCUUUUACUGUGUUACGGAGAUGUACGACGGAAAUGAGAUCAUUCUGCUCUGGCUACGGUCAUUAGUUUUUGUGCCGUGCAUCUGGAUGUUUGGUGCCAUUGAAAGAUAGCUCUGGUGAUUUCAACUGAUGAAAUACAUUUACUUAAGUACUUUA